CUGGUCGCGCCGCUCAUAAUAGUUUGUGACGCGAAGUGAGUAGUGUUUGUGGCGUACGUUUACCGGAUGGACGGAUGUUGAUGAUGGCGACGGUUUAAAAAGAAAUAAUUUGAUUUACAAACAAACAAAAACAACAACUUCAUUGAAUUGAAUAGAAAUUCUGCAAUAAAACAUACAAAGUGAAUGUGAUUUUCGGGUGUGAAAGCCCCCAAUUGAACUGUGCAGAAACGGUGCCUACAAUAAAAAAUAAAAAUAGUUUGUGAAAAGUUGUUGUUGGUAUGCAGAACAAAAGUGCUUGAUGCGCCGCGUAUGGUUUGUUGGUGGUGCUGCUGCUGCCGGCGGAAGAAGUGCAUAAUAACGCCCGCAAGUGGCAAAUUUUACUGUAAAUCUAAUAAGCGUAUUUGAAAAUAUUUUGCAAAAUCAGCAGCGAAAAUUCUAAAACAAAAAAAUAAAUCAGUGGUUAAAAUACAAUUUAUUUGUGGAUGCGCAGCAAAUAGUGAAAUGCAGCCGAUUGUAUGCAGCUGCAAGCGACUGUCGACCACCUUCCAUUACAACGCGCCAGCCAGCCAGCAGGCCAGGCUACAGCGCCGUCGCCGCCAACGCCAGCAAAGUGAGCCGCUGAGUCGCGUUGGAAUUUACAUAAAUGAAAUUAAAUUCAUCCGGUUAAACAAUUUAUGUGGAAAAUUUGCGCAUGAAUAAGAGGAACACAAGAAAAAAAAAAAUCGAGAAAAUAUUUGCCGAAAACGCGUAACAUUGAACGAGGUUUGGUGCACCGAAAAAAUACCAACGACUGUGAAAAGAGGUGAAAAAUAAGAAGUAAAUGGCAUAAAGUGAUAAAAAUAAAUAUAUGAUUGAAAUAAACUAACAAAUUUGUAAAAAUAAAACGAAUGUUGGGAAAUAAUUUGACAGUGCGCACAGUGGGUUCCUGUUAGUCAUAUUCUUUGUUUGACAAUAGACGGAUAAAAAAAUUUAGUGUUAAAUUUUGGGUUUAAAAACACAAGGAGGGAAGAAUUUGUUAUCAACAAAAAAUUUAUCGAAAAAGUUAAAAAUUUAAAUGUGGUAUGAAUGCGAAUAAAAUUAACCCUCUACAGCAUGUGAAUAACAGCAGAGAAGUAAAAUAGCAACAACAACAAAAAAUUUACCUGCUAAAAUUGCUUUUUGGAUAAUAUAUUACAACAUUUAAAGCAUACAAUAUUUAACUUACCGCAUUGAAAAGUGUUUCAAAAGUGGUAAAAAUUUUCGAGUCCACAAAAUGCUGCCCUCAACCUCGUUGAUAGUGUAAAAAUUUGUGAAACUGAAAUUAAAAACGAGAAUAUAUUAAUCAGCCGCUUGACCGCGGCUUUUUUGAAACACCAACCCAUUUGUUGAAAUCGAAAAAAAAAUAAAUAAAAAAUACCUACUCCGAAAACGCUUAGAUUCAACGAAUGCAUUCAUCACUAGCGCAUGCGCUUAGUAGUUAGGCUAAAGCACAUAUAAACAUACAUAUAUCUACUUGCUAAACCCUAACUAAAAGUGCAACGACAAUUUAGAAAAAUAAAUAGCGCCAGAAAACAAAGAAAAAAGCCUAUACAAAUUUUCCAACGACAAAACUGGAUUAUCAAAAUGUGGCUGUUGAUCAACAACAACACAUUUCCCAAAUCGGAUAUUUUUUGGAUAAAAUUUCUGACAAUUCUGCUGCUAAUUUGUGGAUUUAUUGGCAGCGGUAAUGCGGCGGGUUCUUCAUGCUUAUCUCUUGGCUGUAAAAAUGGUGGCACAUGUAUCACAAAAAGCAAUGGACUCUCAUUUUGCAAUUGCAGUUCGCGUUAUGUCGGCGAUCAUUGUGAACAUCUGAAUCCUUGCUUUACCGGCUUGCUGCGUUGUCAAAAUGGCGGCACCUGUCAGCCAUCGUAUCGUAAUGACCGCCUUGGCAUCUCCUGUUUAUGUCCGCUUGGCUUUACCGAAUCUCUGUGCGAGAUACGAGUGCCAAAUGCUUGUGACUCAUCACCGUGUCGCAAUAGUGGCUCAUGUAAUCUGAAAACAUUGGAUGACUACACGUGCUCCUGCAUGAAUGGAUAUACAGGCGAUUAUUGUGAAACACAAAAUCUCUGUGCCACAUCACCAUGCCACAAUGGCGGCACUUGCACCUCGGUCAACGGUGGCAACAGUUUCAAGUGCAUAUGCCCGAAAGGGUUCAAAGGACAGACAUGCGCCGAAGAUGUGAUAGAGUGCGAAGCGAACCCGUGCAAACAUGGCGGUACCUGCAAGAAUACGCAUGGCUCCUACCAAUGCAUGUGUCCUGGCGGCUAUACCGGCAAAAAUUGUGAAUCCAAAUACAUUCCAUGUUCGCCAUCACCUUGUCAGAAUGGCGGCACUUGUCGUGCAUCGAAUGGUCUAACGUAUGAGUGCAAAUGCCCACCUGGCUUUCAAGGCAAACAUUGCGAAGAUAACAUCGAUGACUGCCCUGGAAAUUUGUGUCAGAAUGGCGGCACUUGCGUAGACAGCAUCAACACCUACCGUUGCGUCUGUCCACCGAAUUUUACCGGAGAUCUCUGUGAGGAAGAUGUGGAUGAAUGCGCGAUGAGACCAUCCGUUUGUCAGAAUGGCGCUACUUGCACCAAUACGCACGGCAACUAUUCCUGCAUCUGUGUCAACGGUUGGGAAGGUAGAGACUGCAGCGACAAUGUCGAUGAUUGCGUAGCUGCAGCCUGUUUCUAUGGCGCCACUUGCAUAGAUGGCGUCGGCUCGUUCUAUUGUCGUUGCACACCCGGCAAAACUGGUCUCCUCUGUCAUUUGGAUGAUGCUUGCACCUCGAAUCCUUGUCAUGCGGACGCUAUUUGCGACACUAGUCCCAUAAAUGGCUCCUACACUUGUUCCUGUGCAACUGGCUACAAAGGCGUGGAUUGUUCCGAAGAUAUCGACGAAUGUGAUCAGGGUUCACCUUGCGAGCACAAUGGAAUUUGUGUGAAUACACCCGGCUCGUUUAUGUGCAAUUGCUCACAAGGCUUCACGGGUCCACGCUGUGAGACGAAUAUCAACGAGUGCGAAUCGCAUCCGUGUCAGAAUGAGGGUAGCUGCUUGGAUGACCCAGGCACCUUUCGUUGCGUUUGCAUGCCCGGCUUUACUGGCACACAGUGCGAAAUCGAUAUUGAUGAGUGUCAAUCGAACCCAUGCUUGAACGGUGGCACCUGUCACGAUAUGAUUAACGGCUUUAAAUGUUCGUGUGCGCUUGGGUUUGCGGGUACGCGUUGUCAAAUCAAUAUAGACGAUUGCCAGUCGCAGCCUUGUCGAAAUAAUGGCAUAUGUCACGACUCUAUAGCCGGUUAUACGUGUGAGUGUCCGCCUGGUUAUACGGGAACCUCCUGUGAGAUCAACAUCAACGAUUGUGACUCGAAUCCCUGUCAUCGCGGCAAAUGCAUCGAUGGUGACAACUCAUUCAAAUGUGUCUGCGAUCCUGGUUUCACCGGCUACCUCUGCCAGACGCAAAUCAACGAAUGUGAGUCGAAUCCGUGUCAGUUUGGUGGCCACUGCAUUGAUCGCGUCGGUUCUUACCUCUGCAAAUGUCUACCCGGUACUUCGGGCAAGAAUUGUGAAAUUAAUGUGAAUGAGUGUCACAGCAACCCGUGCAACAAUGGCGCCACAUGCAUUGACGGCAUCAACAAGUACACUUGCGAAUGCGUGCCUGGCUUUACGGGACUACAUUGCGAGAUCAACAUCAAUGAGUGCGCCUCCAAUCCAUGCGCCAACAACGGCGUCUGCAUGGACAUGGUGAACGGUUAUAAAUGCGAAUGUCCUCGUGGUUUUUACGACGCACGCUGCCUGAGUGAUGUGGAUGAGUGCGCCUCGAAUCCGUGCAUCAAUGGUGGUCGUUGUGAGGAUGGUAUCAACGAGUUCAUUUGUCACUGCCCACCCGGCUAUGGUGGCAAACGGUGCGAGAUCGAUAUCGAUGAGUGCAGUUCGAAUCCUUGCCAACACGGUGGCAUUUGCAUCGACCAACUGAACUCCUUUCAAUGCCAGUGCAUGCCCGGCUACACAGGGUAUCGCUGCGAAACGAACAUUGACGAUUGCAUUAUGAAUCCCUGUGUGAAUGGUGGCUCCUGCAUCGAUUUGGUAAAUGGUUAUAAGUGUGUUUGUAAAGUACCGUUUACGGGCAGAGACUGUGAAUCGAAAAUGGAUCCGUGUUCAACACAUCGUUGCCGCAAUGACGCUAAAUGCACGCCUUCGCCUAACUUCCUGGACUUUUCCUGCUCUUGCAAGCUCGGCUACACUGGCCGCUAUUGUGACGAAGAUAUCGACGAGUGUGCGCUGUCAUCGCCUUGCCGUAAUGGUGCGACCUGUCUCAAUGUACCCGGCACCUACAAAUGUCUUUGCGCGAAAGGCUACGAGGGACGUGAUUGCGCCAUCAACACCGACGAUUGCGCUUCGUUCCCAUGUCAGAAUGGUGGCACAUGUUUGGACGGCAUCGGCGACUAUACAUGCCUUUGCGUUGACGGAUUCGAUGGCAAACACUGCGAAACGGACAUCAACGAAUGCCUUAGCAUGCCUUGUCAGAAUGGUGCGACUUGUCGGCAGUAUGUCAACUCCUAUACAUGCACGUGUCAGCUUGGCUUCUCGGGCAUCAACUGUCAGACCAACGACGAAGACUGCACCGAAAGUUCCUGCAUGAAUGGCGGUACUUGCAUAGACGGUAUCAACAGCUACAACUGUUCUUGUCUGCCCAUUUAUACCGGCUCCAAUUGUCAGUACAAGAUCAAUAAGUGCGACUCGCAGCCCUGCCAAAAUGGCGCCACGUGUCACGAAAGUGGCGAUGAGUACACGUGUCACUGUCCACACGGCUACACGGGAAAACAGUGCACGGAGUAUGUGGACUGGUGUUCCCAGUCACCCUGCGAGAAUGGCGCCACUUGUUCACAGAUUAAGAACCAGUAUAAUUGUAAGUGUGCUGCCGGUUGGACAGGCAAGCUUUGCGAUGUGGAGAUGGUUUCUUGUGAAGUGGCUGCGAUGCGCAAACAAGUCGGUCUCAAACAACUCUGCAACAACGGCACCUGCAAGGAGAUGGGCAACAUGCAUUUGUGUCAAUGCAAGCAGGGCUAUACCGGCAGCUAUUGUCAGACGGACAUCAACGAGUGUGAGUCACAGCCUUGUCAGAAUGGCGGCACUUGUUUGGAUCGCGUGGGCGAAUAUAAGUGUAUGUGCCCGAAGGGCUUCCAGGGGCAGAACUGCGAAUUAAACAUAGACGAUUGCUCGCCGAACCCGUGCCAGAAUGGCGGCACAUGCCACGAUUUGGUGCAAUCCUUCAGCUGCUCAUGUCCACCUGGCACGUUGGGCAUCAUUUGCGAAAUCAACCAGGAGGAUUGCGUACCAGGCGCUUGUCACAACAACGGUACAUGCAUCGAUCGUGUGGGUGGCUUCGAGUGCGCCUGUCCAGCAGGUUUUGUGGGUUCACGUUGUGAGGGAGACAUCAAUGAGUGCCUGUCUAAUCCCUGCUCGAAUGCCGGCACUUUGGACUGCGUGCAACUGGUAAACAAUUACCAUUGCAACUGCAAGCCCGGCUACAUGGGACGCCACUGCGAAAUCAAGGUAGACUUCUGCGCUAAUUCGCCGUGUCAAAAUGGCGGUCUUUGCUCUACAAAACAGUCUGGUCAUCACUGCGUUUGUCCGGUUGGUUUCUACGGCAAGAAUUGUGAGUUCUCCGGUAACGAUUGUGAUUCGAAUCCCUGCCAGUCGGGUAACUGCGUAGUGGAUAUGAUGCGCGGCUACCGCUGUGAGUGUCCGCCUGGCACCGAAGGCAUGCAAUGUGAAAUCGAUACGAUGGACGAAUGCGCUUCGAAUCCAUGUUUGCAUGGCGCUGCAUGCGAAAAUCUACUGGGUGACUAUGUCUGCUUCUGCCCCAGUAAAAGGCCGGGCAAACGAUGUGAGAUUUACGAUGCCAACUACCCCGGCUGGGCAUCGGACAACAGCCGUGGGCCGCUCAAUAAAUACACGAAGGAUCUGGAAUACCAACGCGAAAUGUGUAUCAAGCGCGGCUGCGAACAGAAGAAGGGCAAUCACAGGUGUGACCAGGACUGCAACACGUACGCGUGCAACUUUGACGGCAACGACUGCUCAUUGGGCAUCAACCCUUGGGUGAAUUGCACUGCGAAUAUAGAGUGUUGGCGCGUGUUCAUGGAUGGCCAGUGCAAUGAGGAGUGCAACAAUGCUGCUUGUCUGUUCGAUGGUCGUGAUUGCGCCAAGAAACUACAACCAUGUAAUCCGACUUAUGAAGCCUACUGUCAGAAACAUUAUGCGGAUGGUCAUUGUGAUUAUGGCUGUAAUAAUGCUGAGUGCAACUGGGAUGGCUUAGACUGUGAAAAUACACUCGAGCAACCGAAUUUGGCUGAUGGCGCUAUAUCUGUGGUGAUGCUGAUGGACAUCAAAACUUUCCGCGAAAAGCAGGUGGAAUUCUUACGUGAAAUGGGUCAUGUACUCCGCACUACGGUGCGCAUCAAGAAGGACUCCAUGGGCAAUGACAUGAUCUUCACCUGGAAAGGCACUUCGCAAUUGACUGAACUGCAAAACUCGGACUUCGGACGCAAGCACAGAAUACUAACCAGUGAGCGCAAUGAUCAAACGGGCAUACAAAUAUACCUGGAAAUCGAUAAUCGGAAGUGCAUCGACUGUUUCAAUCGCGCCGCCGAAGCUGCCGAGUUCCUGGCGGCUUCUGCAUCCAAAUACACGCUCUCACCAAAGUUCAACAUCUACAGCGUGCGUGGCGUACAAAACCCCGGCGAAGAUGUAGAAGAGCGUCCCAGCAAUGUAAAAUAUGUGCUCAUCGGCAUCAGCAUUGUGGUAUUCGCAUUCCUCGGUGUACUUGUGACUACGCAACGUAAGCGCGCGCAUGGCAUCACUUGGUUCCCAGAAAAUUUCCGUACCACCACCGCUACACCGGUUAAUCAUCAGCGACGGCGACGUGACACUGGCCAGGAGAUGCGCAAUUUAAACAAGAAUCCUUCAAUUGCUUGCAUGAGCAAUGACGUCAACAUGAACUCCGGUCACAUGGGCCACGCACCGCAAUGGUCGGAUGAUGAGUCCGAAUUGCCGCCACAGAAGCGCAUGCGCAACGAACUCGGCGGGUACGCCAGCGAUCACACGAUGGUAACCGACUACGAAGAAGCUGAUCCACGCGUUUGGUCGCAGGCGCAUCUCGAAGUAGCCGAUGUGCGUUCGUCAAUUAUGACGCCGCCUGCGCACCAGGAUGGGAAACACGAUGUGGAUGUGCGCGGACCGUGCGGCAUGACGCCACUCAUGGUAGCGGCUGUUCGCGGUGGAGGCAUGGAUACUGGCGAAGACAUUGAAAAUACUGAGGAUCAAACGGCACAGGUGAUUUCGGAUUUGUUGGCGCAAGGUGCUGAACUUAACGCCACCAUGGACAAAACUGGCGAAACUUCACUGCACCUGGCAGCGCGUUAUGCGCGCGCUGAUGCUGCCAAACGUUUACUGGACGCUGGUGCCGACGCCAACUGUCAAGAUAACACCGGUCGUACACCACUGCAUGCCGCUGUGGCCGCCGAUGCAAUGGGCGUUUUUCAGAUACUGCUGCGCAACCGCGCUACCAAUUUGAAUGCGCGUAUGCAUGAUGGCACCACACCGCUCAUACUCGCCGCACGCCUAGCCAUUGAAGGAAUGGUUGAAGAUCUAAUAACUGCCGAUGCUGAUAUCAAUGCUGCUGACAACUCGGGUAAGACCGCGCUCCAUUGGGCAGCCGCUGUUAAUAAUACCGAAGCCGUGAAUAUACUACUCAUGCAUCAUGCCAAUCGUGACGCCCAGGACGACAAGGAUGAGACACCACUAUUUCUAGCAGCGCGCGAGGGCUCCUAUGAAGCGUGCAAAGCGCUGCUCGACAACUUUGCCAAUCGCGAAAUCACCGAUCACAUGGACCGUUUGCCACGCGAUGUGGCCUCCGAGCGCUUGCACCAUGACAUCGUGCGCCUGCUCGAUGAACAUGUGCCGCGCUCACCGCAAAUGAUGGCGCUGACGCCACAGACCAUGAUAGGCUCGCCACCACCUGGCAGCCAAGCACAGAUUAUCUCACAGCCCACUGUUAUUUCAUCAUCAAAACAGACAGCGCAAUCUGCGAAAUCAAAAGCGGCGAAAAAGGCAAAGCUAUUGGAGGGCAGCCCGGACAAUUUGCUCGACGGUGGCAGUCUGCGACGCAAACCGGGUUCAAAAAAGGGGGCAGGGGGCUCGGUGUCAAAAAAGGGCGGACAAAACGGCCUUACGGCAGCACAGCUGCUGAAUGGCUUGGGUGGUGGGCUGACAACGCACGGCCAGGGACUGGAGGGAGUGGACCAGCAGCAGCUGUUGGAUGCCGGUCUCAGUGCGGUGGACUCGCCACCACUGACGGGGCUAACAAGUCAGCCGAGCCCGUACGACACGUCGUCACUCUAUUCCAACGCGAUGGCGGCACCAACACACCACCACAACGAUCUGUUAGGCAACAGCAACGGCGCGAAACAACCACCCAGCUAUGAAGACUGCAUAAAGAAUGCGCAAACAAUGCAGAGCCUAGUGCAGCAACAGCAGCAAAAUAAUAUGGAUUUAAUCAAAAUGGAGAAUUACGUUUACUCGCGUGGUUCGCCCUUUCAUCAGGAAAUGAUCGGCCAGAAAGGCAACAAUCAGCAAAGCAUGAAUUCGCUUUGCGGCGGUGGAGGCGGAGGUGGCAAUCUCGGCCACAAUCUGCCCGGCAACAUGGCCGGUCAUGAGCAAGGGCUAAGUCCGCCCUAUUCCAAUCAAUCUCCACCGCAUUCCGUACAGAGCAGCAUGGCGCUUUCGCCGCACGCUUAUUUGGGUUCACCAUCGCCCGUCAAAUCACAUCCCAGCCUACCCACCUCACCCACACACAUGCAGGCGUUGCGCCAUGCGACCCAUCAGAAACAAUUUGGUAGCAAUGUGAACUCGCUGCUGGGUGGCGCUGCCAACAACAACAACAGCAACUCUACAAAUGGCCCACAAAGUAAUGCGUCGAUGAAUUCGCCGCAGAGCAUGAGUUUUCAAUCGCCCAGCAGUCAGAGUUUGUCGCAACAGAGUUCACCGGUGAGUGUGGGCAUUGUAUCGCCGACGGGUAGUGAUGGCAUGAUGAUGGCGCCACAGCAAACCCAGCAGCAGCAACAGCAACAGCAACAACAGCAGCAGCAACAACAACAGCAACAGCUGCCUCAACAACAACAACAACAACAACAGCAGCAGCAACAGAAUUCGAAAAGCAGUGCAAUAAUGCAAACAAUGCAACAACACCAACAACAGCUGGCGAGCCUCGAUUUCGCAUCGGCCGGUUUGGAUUUGAAUGGAUUUUGCGGAUCGCCAGAUUCCUUUCAUUCCGGCCAAAUGAAUCCACCCUCGAUACAGAGUACAAUGUCAGGUUCCUCGCCCGCCACCAAUAUGCUCUCGCCAUCCUCCCAACACAAUCAGGCCUUCUAUCAGUAUCUGACACCGACCAGUCAGCACUCUGGCGGCCAUACACCCCAACAUCUGGUGCAAACGCUCGAUAGCUAUCCCACACCAUCACCCGAAUCGCCCGGUCACUGGUCGAGCUCGUCGCCACGUUCCACAUCAGACUGGUCCGAAGGUGUACAAUCGCCGGCGGCCAAUAAUCUGUACAUGUCCGGUGGUCAUCAGGCCAACAAAGGUUCAGAGGCGAUUUAUAUUUGACAAUAAGCACAGGUGGCAGUGGUAGAUUGUUGCGGUGAAGCUGCUGUGCACGGACGUUCCGAAAGCGUCAGCGUAAAUGUUGUGUUAUGUAAACAGUUAUAGUAUCCUACAAAACUAUAUAUAAAUA